UACACAUCGAACAUAUAUUAACAAGUGGUUUCGAUGUGUGUUCAGUGAGUAAAAAACCGCAUCUUAUCCAAUUUUAUCAGUGCCCGGUUUCCGCUCGAUUAUUGCACUUGGUGCUACGCAAAGCCGAGCGAUGGAGCAGAAAAAGAACGUUAUUAUUCUAGGUGGAUGUGGAUUUAUUGGAAGGAAUCUAGUCGCCUAUUUGGUCUCCAAUAAACUAGUCAAUAGGCUUCGAGUAGUGGAUAAGGUGCCACCUCAGGUGGCUUGGCUACACCCUGAACACCAGAAGUACUUCGAUGAUCCCAUUGUGGAAUUCAAACAUGCAAACUUGGUUGUCUUAGAAUCAUGCAAAAACGCCUUCUUAGUUGACGAUGAGAUUAGUGGCUGGGAUUAUGCCAUCAAUUGUGCUGGUGAGACUAAAUAUGGACAAAGCUCCCUGAUUUAUAAAGAAGGUGUUUACAAGCUGAGUUCCCAUUGCAUUGAGGUAGCAACAUUAUGCAAAGUGAAGCACUAUAUUGAUAUAUCCUCUGGUCAAGUAUUUUCCUCAGACAAACCAGGCGAUGAGGAGCAUGAUUGUGCACCUUGGACUUAUGUGGCCAAAUGGAAACACGAAGCAGAAAGUAUUAUCAGAAAAUCGAGAACGAAAUGUACAAUCUUGAGACCAGCUUUGGUAUAUGGUAGAGGCGAUAGACAAGGAUUGACAUCGCGGGCAAUGGUAGCUGCAAUCUACAAAUUCCUGAAUGAACCAAUGAAGUUUCUUUGGGAUAGCGACAUUAGAGUGAAUACAGUUCACGUGGACGACCUGUGCAGAGCAAUUUGGUAUGUCUGCGGUCGCGAGGAAGCUGUAGGCCAGAUAUACAACGUUGUGGACCAGGCGGGAUCGACUCAGGGAAGUCUAGCUUCGAUGCUCUCCGAGAUUUUUAAAGUAAAGGUUAGCUAUUACGGAAAUCUGGUGUCAUCGGUGGUGGACCUGGGCAACGCCGCCGACGAAGCGAACGACAAGCAUUUAGUUGCAUGGGCGAAUGCCUGUCAACAGGACGACAUCCAGAACACGCCACUGUCCCCUUACAUGGACUUCGAGUUGCUUCAGAACAAACACUUGAACUUGGAUGGGACAAAACUGCGUAAUCUAGGAUUCACUUACACCGUGCCAAAGCCCACUGUCGAGUCAAUCAGAGAGGCGCUCAAGUACUUCCUUGACAUGAAAGUCUUCCCACCAUCUUUGGUACCUUGAUUAUUACUAUAUCUACAGCAUCACAGCCUUAUACUAUUUUCUACAUCGAGUACUUAAACGAAAAAAAAAAAGGAAUUAAUUUCAAAUACAUUCCAACUCACAUACACGCGCAUACAUAUAUACUUAAGUUUAGUUUUUUUUCUCUCCUUGGAAGUGGUUUCAAACAUUUGCUCAAUUUACUUAAUUUUAAUGCAACCCAUGUAAUUCCUAUAU